UGGCUUCUUAGGAAAGAAACUUCACGUAAUAAACCCUUAUAUAAAGGCUCCAGAAUCCUAUCCCACCCUUCACAAGUCAGUAAGCACUUCCUGAAGAUGGGUCUGCAAGCGCAAUGUUCAGCUCUUGCGAUGUUGGUGUUGGUGUUGGUGCUGUUCUUGAUGAGAAUAGAGGGAAACCCAAUAAUACCAAUGGAAGUGAUUGAAAGGGGCAUUGAGUCAACAUCAUUGGUGGAGAAUGAUGGUGUUAACCAAAUCACUGGAUGUGCUGCAAGACCAUUGAUCUGUAGCAGAGGAGAGCUUCUACCGAGGUUUAUGUGCUGUGGAGACCGUUGUGUGGAUGUGACUUUAGACAACGAUAACUGUGGGAUAUGUAAUUUUAGGUGCCCCUUCAAUCGUCUAUGCUGUGGCCGUUUAUGCAUAGACCCAUUAACCAAUAUUUUCAACUGUGGGGGGUGUGGAAAUGUAUGCCCUUUUGGAAGGUUAUGCAUAUUAGGAUCAUGUGGCUUUGAACGAGCACUGCCAGUUCCAGAGCCACCAUUACCGGUUCUAGUGCCACCAACGCCAGUUCCAGUGCCUCCAACACCGUCACCGGUACCAGUCCCACCAACACCGGUGCCAGUGCCAGUGUCACCGUCACCAUCACCGGUGCAAGUGCCAGUGUCACCAUCACCAUCACCAAUGCCAGUGUCACCGUCACCAUCACCAGUACCAGUGUCACCAUCAUCAGUGCCAGUUUCACCAUCACCGGUACCAGUGUCACCAUCACCGUUUCCAGUGCCGGUUUCACCACCGAUGCCAGUGUCACCGUCACCAUCACCGGUGACAGUGCCAGUUUCACCGUCUCCGGGGCCGGUGUCAGGAUCACCAUGGUUCCCUCCGGUGCUUUCACCGCAGGCAUUGAAGAACCAGCCUGAAUAUACAGAUGAGAUACCUGCAAUGGAUUAACUGUUGUAAUCGAUUCUGAAUGGGGUCUCAUGGUUUACCUUUUUCUAUAGUUGGAAGUUUGUAUCCUUGUUAUUCAAAAUAAGCAUUUGAAGUUUUCACCUGCAACUGUUUGCUUCUGUUUCGAGAUAUUACUAUGAAUUUUACGACGUUAUGUUGCAGUUA